AGAGAGGAUUGGCACGGCUGGAAAGAGUUAAAGGGAGGGGACGUGGGCUGUCACGCGUCAUUGGGCAGAUUAUGUGCAGCAAACAAAAAGUGUGUGUCUGUGUGCCAGUCAGUCACUGCGUCGGGUCCAUCUGCACAACUCCUUGUCUUCCCCUUUUUUUUCCCUUUCCCUUCUUUCGGUUUUCUCUCUCUGCUCAUGUUUACUCCUUACCACCCCCUCCCAUUCAUCUGCUUCUCAAUCUAGCCAUCCAGCAAGACUGAAACACACAAGCACGUCUUGCUCUUGACAUGGAAAUACUACAGUAAUAGGACCUGCAUUGGGGACACGGGGACAGGACAACUCCUUAUAGCCCUUUUGGAUAUCCUAUUCCUUGGACUAUACAUUGGCACUAUUUGUGGACAUGUCAGUCAUGGAAGACACUGGCGUUCAAAAAGCAAUUUGGGAUGGGGAUGCCAAAGCUGUCCAGCAAUGUCUGACGGAUAUAUUUACAAGCGUCUACACCACGUGUGACAUCCCAGAAAAUGCAAUCUUUGGUCCCUGCGUGCUGAGUCACACUUCACUGUAUGACAGUAUAGCAUUUAUCGCUCUCAAAUCUACCGAUAAGAGGACAGUACCCUACAUAUUCCGGGUGGACACUUCAGCUGCGAACGGCUCCUCCGAGGGACUGAUGUGGCUCCGUCUGGUUCAGUCUGCUAGAAACAAAGAGGAACAAAAUCUGGAAGCCUACAUCAAAAAUGGGCAACUGUUCUACAGAUCCCUUCGCAGGAUUUCCAAAGACGAGGAGCUGUUAGUUUGGUACGGGAAGGAACUGAUAGAUCUGCUUCUUCUGAACCCUGGCAGGACCCAAGGAAAAACUGCGGGAUCAUCUCAGUCCACCUGUUUGGAGUGUAACCAGAGGUUUCAGUAUGAUUUCCCCUAUGCAGCUCAUGUGAGAUUUCGAUGUCCCAAGAGACUCCACACGUUGGAUUCCAACUCAGAGCAGCCGGGCAAGGACACUAGAGAGCUAGAGUCUCGAAACGCCAUGAUCUCUCCAGCCAAAUACAACAAAAUAUCAAUUUAUCAGCCGCAGAAAGAGAAUCACAAGCCCACCACAGACUUUCAUAACUUGGCCAGGGAAAUUGAGAAUUUUAGGGGCCCUUCAUCGUCAUUCGGUUCUUCUCCUUCGCCCAAAUCGAAUCUCUUACGACAGGACUCUGAGAACACCACCGAGAGUCUCCAUAAAACCAAAAGAAAAUAUGAUGACCACCUGGAUGACGUCAGAGCCAAGAGGAUUGACCCAUCUGGGAGAUUUCUGGACAGGCCAAUGCCUUCCUCCAAAGAGGAUUUGGUGUGCAGCCCUCAGCCAUUUAGAGGGAACUCUUACUUCAAUGUCGAUGAAGGCGGACAGUUAUAUGCUCCUCCGAGCCCAGAGACUGGAGACGCCAAGAGAAGCGCUUUUGUAGAAGUAAAAAAGGCAUCAAGAGGAGUUGAAGAGAGUAACCCAAGCACAGAUGGUAAAGAUGUGUCUCCUGCCCAUGCCAGCAGUCAAAGCGAAGACAAGAGACUACACGCCAGGCCAGAAAAUCAGUCAGGGGGCAGCCCCAUGGGCAGUGCAUUUACUAGUGUCGCCCAGGUGUCAAACCCUGAGCAGGAGAGAAAAAGUGCUUUUUCUCAACCCACCAGGAGCAGCUUCAGCCAUGUAACCCCUUUGCAGGUGAUGGGACAAAAACUGGUAUCUAGUGGGGUAAGCAUGGAUUGCCACCCAGAGAGCGUUGGGCCAGCAAGGCUGUAUCAGACUGAUCCCCUCUCAGUCAAGCUGUCAAGCCCUGAAUUAAAUGGGAACUGCGCACUUCCAGGAAGCUUGCCAAAGCAAAGUCCUUUCCUCUUUGCCACUACGUUUUGGCCAAAGAGCUCACCUGCCCCUCUACAGAUGCAGCUGCCUUCUACGCUUACCCUAUUGCCUCCUUCAUUCACCUCUUUAUGCCUGCCAGCUCAAAACUGGUGUGCCAAAUGCAACGCUUCUUUCAGGAUGACCUCGGACCUAGUGUAUCACAUGAGGUCCCACCACAAAAAGGAGUACGCCAUGGAACCCCUGGUGAAGAGGAGGAGAGAGGAGAAACUCAAGUGCCCCAUAUGCAACGAGUCCUUUAGGGAACGCCACCACCUAUCCAGGCACAUGACCUCUCACAACUGAACUUAUGAACACCUUUGCUAUAUUAGAACUUUUACAGACUCACACACAGUGACAACGCGGGGUCACGGACUUCUUGAUCCUGCAUAGAGUGUGCUGGGCUGUUUUCUGUAUCUGAAUGCACGCAUUUUCACUUUCCAAGAGUACAUUUUUUUUAAAAAAUGUCAUAUAUAUUGCAGCAUAUUGAUGCAUUUGUCAUAUCUUUCUACUUUAAAUUAUGGAGCACUUAUGAUUUAGAUGUUAAUGUAUU